AUGGUGUCCUCGUUCCGCACUCCACUCCGACUAGCCACACGCUGCUGCCAGGCAAAGCUUCCAAGAUGCCAUCGCCCUUCGUCCUCCUGCCAUCGCCCAGCACGGGCUGAUAGGGCUGAUAGGGUUGAUGCUAUGACCCUAUCUAAACCCCCCGCUGGGUCUUCAUCAACAAAAGCGCCUGUGCCUCUCCACACGGCGCUUUUCUUUCCUGGCCAUGGCGUCCAGCGUGUCGGGAUGACAAACACCUGGCUUGAGGCGUUCCCAUCCACCGUCAAACCAUUCCUGGAAGAGAUGGAUAGCAUCCUAGACUUCCGUCUCUCAACCAUAAUAUCGCACGGGCCGAACUCCAAACUAAACCGGACGGAGAAUUCCCAACCUGCCAUAAUGGCCAUGUCGAUAAUGAUCCUUCGUGUACUGAAUGAGCAUUUUGGGUUUGAUACCGCAUCGCGCAUCGAUGUGACCCUGGGCCACAGCCUGGGCGAGUACGCUGCUCUGGUGGCGGGGGGUUAUCUCGACUACGAACCGGCGCUCAAAAUGGUCCGGCGCAGGGCAGAUAUAAUGGCCCAGUGCACCGCCAACGCAAGGUCACUUACCGGGGAAACAUAUGGGAUGGUCGCGCUGGUCUGCGAGCCGGAUCGCUUGUCCGACUUGAUUACGACGAUUCGGGAAUUCGUGGAUCAUGGCUCGCAGGGCUCGAAUGACGAUUCACGAUACGGGAUACCGCCGAUCCAGCAAGUUUCGAUAGCGAAUAUCAACUCUAAAAACCAAAUCGUGCUCAGCGGGAGCAUUGAGCGGAUCAAAUAUCUGCUGGUACAGCUUCGGCAGUUUUCGGGACAUGAUCCCAGGGCUGUGCGACUGCGGAGUGACAGCCCCUUUCAUAGCCCGGUCAUGAAACCCGCGGCAGAAUAUAUGCGGCAGGCCCUUGAACAGGUGGAUGUCCAUUUUUCACCUUCUCUCAUACCCUGCAUCUCAAACGUGUCUGGUGUACCCUUCCAAUCGAAGGAAAACCUGAAGCACCUGCUAUCGCGACAGUGUGUGGAGACUGUGAGGUGGUGGGAUAGCAUCAGAUACCUUGAUCAAGAACGGGGGGUGAAACGAUGGAUUGGCAUUGGACCUGGCAAAGUUGGCAGAAACCUCGUGGGAAAAGAGGUGGGCAAGGUUCCCGCGCGGGGUGGAGGAGUGUGGGCCAUUUGUGACCCUAGAGAAAUCGAAGAGAUACUGAGUGAACUACACAAAACUAGGGAGGGUGAGUAUGCUUCAUAG